CCGGAGCUGGUCGUCAUCGAGAACUAUCAAAGUUGCUUGCUGUGUGCAUUCCCCGAUUUCCUGAACACUUCCACCAUUUACCCCAACUUUAUAUCACCAUGGAAGGACUCAAUGCCUCGGAACAGCGCGAGCUCGCUGCCCGCAUGGAGAGAAAGCAGCUGAAGGAGUUUAUGACUAUGUACUCCAAGCUCGUGCAGAAGUGCUUCGACGACUGCGUCAACGACUUCACCACCAAGUCCCUGAUCAACCGUGAGGAGAGCUGCGUGAUGCGCUGUGUUGACAAGUACAUGAAGGGUUCGGCCCGGUUGAACGAGCGGUUCCAGGAGCAGAACGCAGCCAUGAUGCAGCAGGGCCAGAUGCCGGGUCGGUAAACUGGUGCUUUGUACGAUCUUGUCUUGCUGGGUAGUUCUUGCAUUCGGUUUGGCGAACUGUGUAUAAAAUCUUAGAAUUCAACGACGAGCUCCUGGUUUCGGAAGAUAUAUGAUGUUUCGGGAAUGCUGUUGGUACGAGCCGGCGUACAGUGUAGUCUGAGCUCGUGCUUGAGUGCGCACCAACUCGGAUCGAAUGAGCCAUGCAGCACACGAUGGUAGGAGGAUAAAAGCCUCGUGAAUUGGAUCUUGUCGAGGCUACACACCAGAUCACCUUAGAUCAUCCUACCAAAACAAGUCUCGUAUCAAUGAAGCAGGCGUUG